AUGAUUAAUGGACCGUGUGACACCAUUAACCCACAAUCACCGUGCAUGGUCGAGGGCAAGUGUUCCAAGCGUUAUCCACAAAAUUUGACUGUUGAUACCAUCACUGGCAAAGAUGGUUAUCCACUGUAUCGACGUCGAUCUUCUGAUGAUGGCGGUAGAACAAUCACAGUCAAAGUGAAAGGAAAUGAUUUCGUGGUCGACAACUCUUGGGUUGUUCCGUAUUCGCCACUUCUUUCCAAAACAUUUAGGGCGCAUUGUAACGUGGAGUAUUGCAAUUCAGUGAAGUCCAUCAAGUACAUCUGCAAAUAUGUCACGAAGGGCAGUGACAUGGCGGCUUUUGGUCUUCAAGCUCCUGACCCCAAUGAUGAAAUCACGCGCUAUCAAAUUGGUCGAUACAGUGAUCCGUUUGCACGUGCGUUACUUUACUCAGAGAUGCCGCGUUAUUACACUUGGAAUGCUUCAUCGAAGAAAUUUCAACGUCGAAAGCAAGGUAAUGUAGUUCCUGGUCAUCCAGAUGUGCGUUCUACUGAAGCUCUUGGCUGUAUUUAUACAGUUUAUCCGAAAAAUGAUGAAUGCUUUUACUUACGACUAUUGCUGGUGAAUGUUCGUGGCCCGACAUCAUUUGAAUCACUUCGAACUGUCAAUGGUAUAGUGCUGCCAACAUUUCGUGUUGCACGUCACGAGCUCAAUUUGCAUUCAGAGAAUCCCCAUCUUGAUAUGAAUGAAGAGAUGCACAACCAGGCCUUGGUUUUGAUAGAAGACAUGUGUUACCUCAUGUGCGGCAGUUUGUUAGCCAGGUUAGGAAUGACGUCGCCUGAUCGUGGAGUAAACGACGCUUUCGAACGAGAAUUGCAGCGUGAACGUGAAUACGACACAAGUGCAUUAAGCCAAUUGGUUCGAACGAAUAUACCAUUGUUAAAUACUCAACAAAAAGAAGUGUACGAUACGGUGAUGAAGGCAAUUGAUGAUGGAAAUGUCGGCAUGAUUUUCCUUGAUGCGCCUGAUGGAACUGGAAAGACAUUCCUCAUAUCAUUGAUUUUGGCUGCAGUUCGUGCAAAAUCAGAAAUUGCUGUAGAAGUUGCUUCUUCUGGAAUAGCGGCAACGAUGUUGGAAGGUUGCCGAACCGCUCAUUCUGCAUUAAAAUUGCCAUUAAACCUGCAAGCGGUUGAAGAACCGACAUGUAACAUAGCGAAACAUUCAGCAAUGGCCAAAGUUUUAAUAGCAAGCAAAAUCAUUAUCUGGGACGAAUGCACAAUGUCGCAUAAGCGCGCAUUAGAAGCUCUGAAUCGCACUAUGAAAGAUCUGCGUAAUGACGCAAGACAUUUUGGGGGUGCAUUGAUUUUACUCUCAGGCGAUUUCCGGCAAAUACUACCAGUAAUACCACGAUCGACCGCUUCCGAUGAGAUCAAUGCUUGCCUCAAAUCAUCACCAUUGUGGCGUUAUGUGUGGAAACUUCUGCUCACGACAAACAUGCGAGUUGCAUUUCUAAACGAUCCAUCUGCCGAACUGUUCUCCAAUCAACCGCUAACUAUCGGUCAUUUCAUUCCCGCCAAAUUUUUGCGAUUCCGUCUCAACGAAAGAGGAGCUCAUCAACAAAGUGUUUCCGAACAUCAUUGCUAA